AUGAAGUCUGUGGUUGACGUCGCAAUUCCGAAAGAAGCGAUGUCUGAUGAGAAGAGAAGCGUGGAGGAUGAGCCUGCAGAAGAGUCUCCAGCACCCGCAGUGAAGUGGUGGCGCAUCCGUCCGACGGUGGAGCCUCUGGUGCUGCUGUUCAUGUUCUCCUACGUGGUUUCGAGCACGGUGGUCAGCGGGCUCUUCCUGGAUCGCGUGUGCGGCUCCAGCGACCCCAACGUGUGUACCAACGAGGAUCGCGCCUACUCCACCACGCUCACCGCCUGCAAAGGCAUCAUCGAGGCAGUCAUGCCGGCCGUUGUGUCGCUCUUCAUCGGCAGCUGGAGCGACAAGUUUGGACGGCGUCCCAUCUUCAUCUGGUCCUUUGCCGGGAACACCAUCUGCUUUGGCUUGUUGUCUGCCCUGUCUGCGAUUCCAGGCCUAGCGCCAGAGUGGUUGCUGAUGCCGUCCAUAGCAGCCACCUUCAGUGGCGGCCUGAUGAACCACAUGGCUGUUGCCAACGUCUACAUUGCUGACAUCAGCCCUGUGGGGCAGAAGGAGCUCAGGCUGGGAAUACUGGACGCGUCGCAGUACUCGGCCAUGAUGCUGGCGUCAGGUCUGUCCACGCCGCUGUUCGUGGGCCUCAACUAA